AUGUCCAGCACGGAAAGGACUGAAUCAGACGGACACGUCGACACUGGUUUUGUUAUAGACGAUCACAGUGAACCCGAAGAUUCGGAUAAUGACGAAAACGACGAUGCCGAUGCCGAUACUGCUUCUCAGCGGUCAAUUUCUCUUUCAUCCCCUCCACGUUCGCCCGGACACGAACACAACACUGCUCUACACGCUCGGGAUUUCUUUCCAAGACUUGGAUCACAGGAAGACUCUCUAGAGAUUGACUUUAACUCAGAAACUGACGAUGUAAGCGACUCCUUCAGCGAGAGGAACGCUCGGCGAGCUAGCUCGAUUACAUCUGCGGCUCCGUCUGCAGCUCUGUUUGACGAACCGAAAUACAAUGGGGCACAUACUGUGACUUAUCCGCCAACUCCUUCGUCAGGCGCGACGGACGCAGAUUCAUUCACUUCGGCAGCUUCUUCAUAUUCAAAGAAAGCACGGCCGGAGUCUAUGUUGCUACAACCCCCUGAAGGCCCAUUAGUCUUGGGUAUCGCACUUGUAGACUUCAAUCAUCUGGUUGGUCCGAAAAUCGAGUUUUCCCAUGGCGAUAUUUUCCAGGAUGAGGAGAUCGUCAAGAUACUUCCUUUCUUGGCUCUUCCAGACGGCGCACAUCUGUCUCUAGAAGAUUACUCCUACUUUCAUCUUGUUCCCAAUGCCCCAAUACCGACCACGAUCUUUGGCAUCUCAUGCAAUCGCCAAAUACCAACUUCUGCAUUACUUGUUAAAGACGUAGACGUGACGCGGUCAAUCGUUCAAAAGGCUGUCGUAGUCCUGGCAUCAAAACCGGUAUUUGGCCCCAUUCGGGAUCGUUUAGGUGUCGUUACACGCGCAUUGUUUGAGCAACGGGACUUCUCGGACACCAGUAUUCUGGUAGAUUUUGGUGCUUCGCUAGAAAUCUCCCUUCGCACACAGCUGACGGAAAGCGGUUUAUACAUUGGUGGCCGAGAGUUUGUUCACAUCUUCCGCCAUCGCACGCUUGUUCUACUAAAAGCCCUCAUGUGUCAGAAAAAGAUUAUGUUCUUUGGUCACCCAGUGGAACGACUGUGUACUUACCAGUACUCGCUCAUAUCACUAAUUCCUGGCUUAUUGCAAACAUUGGAGGACUCUGGAUCUCCGCCUCUUGCCGCACGUGCACCAACACUUUCGUGUCCACAGUCGUUACGAACGUCAGAUCGCAAAAGUAUGAUGGCAUACAUGGGUCUACCACUAGAUAUUUUCGGAAAGGAUGCGUUUUUCCAACCGUACUUGCCCUUGCAACAGCUGGACCUUCUAAAGGAUUCGCAAGGCUGGCUAUGCGGGAGCACGAACAGCAUAGUGACUCAACAGAAGGAGAUUGAUUUACUUAUCAACACUGAAACAGCGAUACUAGAGUUUCGAAAUCCCGGGUUAGAACGGCUGAUGGGCCUAACAGCUGCUGACCGAAAAUGGAUGGAUGAGAUCGUUCGAGACGUCAACGAUGCUUGGGACGAUGCAGAUCCAACCAAGCCUGCGAUGCACUUCAAAGGGAGCGAUGAUUACCUGCGAGCGAAGUUCGAAGAGUAUGUUUCCGCUGCACUUGCAUCUGUUCGAUAUCGGGAGUUCCUUGCAAAAGGGAAGGUGAAUAAUGUGAUCAUUACUGGAACAGGAGAUGAUAACUCGAUCGACGACUUCAAUCCCCUUUGGAUCGCUGAGUUCACCAAGACGAAUGCAUAUGAUGUGUGGCAGAGGUCUACAGACCCUAUGCUCUUCGACAUCGUCGAGCCACGGCAUCCAUGCAAUGAGAAACCUUCUGUUGUUGCAGACAUCGGAAUCCGGUUGUCCGAAGGACUUCAAGAACUGAAACUGGAGCAACUAGCUCCAACCCGAGAAGCCAUCUCACGCACCAUCACCGCUAGCUCAACGAACUUCUUCAAAGCGGUCGAAGGCGUCCGUGGGCGGUGGCAGCAACGCACCGCCAGCUCUACUUCGUUCAACUCUGAUCUCACGAGCGGCACUUGUGAAACCCCGGUGGAGAUCUCAAAAUCUGAAGCGGAGCUGUCUUCGUCUGCCCUUUCUGAGGGAAGCAAGCUUACUUCAAAUAUCACUAGACAGACAUCGAGAGACUCCGUACCCGGUACACCCACACGUCCCGUAAGCGUCGCUCAAGCCGCGUCGGACGCAAAGGUAGCGUUGGGAAACUGGGGUGCAGGUAUCCAGUCUUUCUGGUCCGGUCGUGCAUCCCGGUUUUCCAUAUCCCGCUCGAGCAUUGCGAGUGUAGCAUCCACAGAUUCGUUAUCUACUUCCGGCACGGGACAACUUCCAACAUCACCAAUGCCGUCAUCACACUCGCACUCGCGCCCGAGUGUGGGCACAGUGGAGGAGGAAUCGGAACAUGAUUUUGAUCACACGGGAUACGAGUCGCAAGAGCCAGGUGGGAUCGCUCUUUGA